CACCAAUGAACUUUUGAAACGCCCCUGAAGUUUCUCUGCAGCAACAUCAACGACGACGUCACUUGUCCCACAAGAAAAUCGCGAUCAUCACGAUGGCCGUAGGCGAAACUGAUCUUAAAACUCUUCUCUCGACUCUGGAACCAAUCCUCCACGCAGAUUCAUUCGUCUUCCUCACUAUCCCCAACACAGCUGUCUCCCAGGUGCGCCCAGAUCUGCUUGCGCUACAGCCGCAACUUCUUUUUCAGGAAAGGGAAGGUACCACAAUUAUCAUUACUCGCGAACAAGCCGUGUCGCACGGCUUUACCGACUACGUGUUUCCCUGUCGCAUGAUCUCUCUUAGCGUGCAUUCGAGUCUGGAGGCAGUGGGGCUGAUCGCUGCCAUCAGCGCGCAGCUCAGAGAUGCAGGCGUUAGCGCCAAUGUGGUUAGCGGGUUCUAUCAUGAUCAUAUCUUCGUACCGGAGGGAAAGGAGGAGGUAGCAAUGCAGGCCAUUGAAGGGAUGGCACGGGGGAGCUGAUUUGAGUUGAUCUGACCAGCUUCGAUGGAAGAGAACGGGUACACAGAAAGGAGUUCUCUGUACUGUAUUUACAUAUGGACCAAUCCUUUAAGACUAUGGUUUGUGUAAAUAAUAACAAAGGAGAGGUUUGGCGAUAAG